CAACACGUUCUCACUCCCAAGUCGUAACAUGUGGACGCUUGGUCAGGAACCCUUGGCGUAACAUUUCAACGUAAUGGGCACCCCUCGAAGUAAUAUUUUAACGUGCAGGGAACUCCUAUAGACUUUAAUGGAGCCCCGUCCUCGUAAAAUAUAGACGACAGGGGACCAUGACGUUUCAGAUCUCGGGGAUGACUGGCCCACAAUAGGAAUAAAAAAUAGCAUAAUAAAUGAUAUGUAUAUAACAUUUAAACACAUAGAGAGUGGCAAAAUAACAGCUCCUCCAUUUUUAACAGCCGUUUUUUAGUUUAACGUUGCUCUAUAAAUAAGGUUUUCGCCAGAAGUUUUGGCGGAUAUUGCGUCAAACUGACGAGCUAUAGGCAUUAUACACUGUCGAUAGUCGAUUAAUUAAUUUAUUUUUGUCUUUGCAUAGCUUCAUUUAAAUCUGGUUUAAAUGUUUAAAUGUUUAAGAAACGCAUUUGCCAUUAUUUCUACGCUGGCAUAUUUAGUGUUUUCCUAUGUGGAUAGCGGUGCCGCCCAACUAGACGGAGCGGCAUCCUUGGCGUCGCGCACCGCUCGGAAUAGCCGCCGAGCGCGGCGCUUUCAGCUUUGACUUCAUUGCCGCUGACCUAUCAAGGCGCGACCAAUGGCUGAGCCAAGAAGCAAUGAUGACGUCCCUGCGCUGGUCGUGCAUCUAUGCACUGCGCGCCACUCGACGCACAGAUCUGCACGCGUUUUCAACUUGGUAAGUAAAAUACAGAAGUACAAUUAUCCCCACCGCUACCUAGUUAGCUCAAUAAGUUGUAGUUCAAACCCUUCAACGUGCAGGCUAGCAGUCUAAUGGGACGAUGAAUGAUGUAAAGCGUUAAUAAAAAUACUAGCUAGCUCCAACAAGUGAAACCUACAGUAACGUUAGCGGUAAGGUAACGUUAGCUGCUGUUAGCAAAUCAAGUGUUUCUUUAUGCCUAGCUUAUUGCCACAUAUAACCUCAUAACGGGUACAAUCAUGGUCUCACCUAGCACCUAAGCACUAACUUUGAAAAGCCAUCCCUAACUUUGAUUGAAAAUACUCUAACAGCAGAUUAACUGUUUUGACUUUACUAUUGUGCUAUUCCUGAAUUGUCUACAGUAAAAUGAACUUGAUAAAGCCUGAUAAGUUUUCCUACUGCUAUUGUCUCUCUUAUUCCAUCUCAACAUGUGCUUAAUGUAAUUAGCCAUAACAGUAGAUUUACUAAAAUAUUGGCCAGAUGUGUUGGUGAAGUAGUGGCAGAGAAACAGUAAAUAUGUUGUUUAGACAGUUACAAAAUGCAGUUUGUCUAAUAUUUGUCAGUAAGUUUAUAAUCACACAGUGUAAUAAAUCAGUUACUAGUUCAUAGUAAGUUUUUACUAUGCCUAAUUAAGAUAAUUUUCUCUAAGUUGGCAUGGUGGCUUACGGAAUUAUUUAAUUACUUUUUUAUAAAGGAUAAUAAUUACAAUUCCAGCCACAGAUAAAUGACAUUUUGUUUAAAUUAGGCUUUUUGCAAUUGCUCAAAUUGUAUCUUAUUUGUGUUUCAAAUCAACUUUAUUCUUUCUGUACUGAAAGGAUUUAAAUUAGAGGUUUUUCUGAGUAAAUGAAUAGAGCUGAUGUUACUUAAUGCUGCCGUGUACUUUUCUGGUUCAGUAAAACCAUGAGCUGUUGUUAACAAUUAAUGCCUUAUUUUAAUAUCACAGUAAAAAUAAUCCUUAUAUAUUUUAUUCUCAUUUGCAGAAAUGACAAAACCCAAACUUCUUAAUGAUGACAUCCCCGCAAUGCUCUUGCAUCUCCACUCAACGCCUCUGCACACACUUUCAACUUGAUCUGAACGAUUACCUGCUUGAUGAAAAACUUACUGAUGACCUCCAAAAUGCUGAUGAACUGCUUGCUGAGCUGCAGAAAGAGAAGGCAGCACUACCAGCUAGGACAUCCACGUCAAAAGUCAGGUGGAGAAAGAGAGACAGUGAUGGGAAUGUACUCUAUGCAAGGCCAAGGUCACGCAGGAAUCAGUCAGAAAAAGCUGGUGAUCACACGCCUAAUCCUCCCUGCAACACUGCUGAUCAUGGCCCUAACUCUGCUUCAGAGACUGCUUCAAAGACCAUCUCUGCUGAAUGUCUUGUGCAAGAUCUACAGUACUCCUUGAGUGUCUCUGAUGAUGAGAUACAAGAAGCUGCAGUUGACCAGGGAGCUCCUCUGGCUUCUGUGGAUUGGAGCACUCGUAACGCUCUCUUUUUUGAGAGAUGGAGGGCAAAGAGACCUUACCUUGUAAAUAGCAUGCUGGCACAGGGGAACGUGGAAACAAAAAUCUGCAGUCAAUGUGGGAUCAACUGUGCAGCUGUCAGAUGCAGAGACUGCUUACCAUGUCCAUUCCUCUGCGCUGAAUGCGACAUCAGCCGGCACAACAAAACCUACAUCCUUCACAACCGGGAUGCUAUGUGUGCUGGUUUCUUUCAGCCAUUGCCUCCAACCAGUUGCGUUGUGGAUAAUGCUGUUACACACUGUGUACGGCUUUUGCCUAUUGAGAUGCCUGUCCAAAUCUGUCGCUGUCCACCAGAGGCAUUGAGGGUCAUCCAAGGAAAGGCAGUUGCUUUGGUCACAAUAAAUGGACGGUAUGAUCUCAACAUGCCAGAGCUAAGCUGCGAGGGAUGCCAGGCUACUUGGACUGCAGAAGUGGAUGACCUUAUACAAAGUGGCUACUGGCCCGCCACCCUCAAUUUUGCGACAGUUUAUGAGGAAGACUUAUUUUUUACUUUUGAGAGCAUGAAGAUGGCAUCACCUGGAAUGUCCUGUCAGGCAUUUCUACGAAUGCUUGAGAAGCGGACUGUUCGCUUUGGCCGUACUGGAAAGCUCUCAUCUGACAGCUUUCAGAAAAGCUUUUUUGAAUGGGCUGCUGUUCAAUAUGAAGUUGAUGCCAUUUGCAAAGAGGAGCAAUUUAGCUGUCCUGCCUGCACUCCAGCAAUGCUUGCCGUCUCGGUUGACGGAAACCGCAAGCUUUAUCGUUUCAAGAGUACAGCACGAUCAGAGGAGCGGCCGAUCUUUGAUGGUGUCUUCAUUGCUAAUGAUGAAGAUGUGACCAGAUUUGUGGACCAAGUACACACCAAAACCAAACAUGUCACUGGAAAAGGCAUUUGUGGUGGGGAGUGGUUGGCAGCCCGAGAGACUUCCUGCAGAUCUAGGAGUAAGGUGGAUGAGGAAGGACUGGAGCUGGCAGUUUGCAGGCACGGUGUCUUGCUGUCUGCCCUUAAUAUGUUUAGGGGUGAAAUAUAUGCAUACCCCAUGUUCUUACAGAACCAGCUUGCGCCCAAGCACGACAUAACCUUCUUCUGUAUGGAUGUUGCAUGUAAAUACUGGCCCUACCUACAGAGAGUUUGUUUGGACUGUCCAGAGCUCCAGUCUCUUCAAAACAUGAGGCCCUUCCUGUCGGUUUUGCAUGCUAAAGCCCAUGACUUCAAAUGUGAGGUAAAAUGGAGUGGAGCCAACCAAGAUGGGGCUGGUUCGACAUUAGGGGAGGAAGUAGAGCAGUGUAAUGCGUUUCUCUCCAGAAUAGCGGUCACUACAAAGCACAUGUCAAAAGCAGGACGCAAUGACAUGCUUACACUCCUCUCCAUGAGAUGGAACCAGCAGAAGUUUCAAAACCUGGCAAAUUCUCUUUCCCAAAGAUACCAUAAGACUUCUAGAGCUCUAAAUGUCCAGUUGGGGGACCUGGAAACUCUGAAAGCCAAGCUUCAACUGCAAGAAAAAAACAUGGAGGAAUUUGUGCAAGAUGUGAAAGACUGGGCAGAUGGAGAAACAAACCACCAAGACACGACACAGGCUUUGUGUCAGAAGAUUGAGGCCCUCACAUCAAGUAUAAAAACAAGAUCUCAACGCCUCUACAAAACAAAUGACAGCAACAAAUGUCGACACAGAAUUAGACGGAAAAUAAGGCAAGAAAAGACCACUUUGCAGACCAUGCUAGCCAAGUACAACAGCCUUGUAACACCCGAGCAAGCAGUUUGCAUGGAUCAUAUUCUGGACACAGAACAUCCCUGGCCUUGGCAAAUAACACAAGAAGGCGCUGUUGAUUUCAGCACAAAAAAGGAAGUCUUUGAUAGGGUCAUGGCAGUUCGAAGGCUUCAAGAGGAGAAGAAGAUCCUUGUCAAAGAGAUCAAGCAGCACUGGGAUUCUCUGAAGUCCCAUGCCAGAGUCUUGUCUGAGUGGUCUUUCCAUCAGAGUGAAAACACCCAACAAGGACAUCUCACAGAGAAUGCGAAGAAGGGUGUCACUUGCCUCAUCCGCAGAAGGCUGAGGCAAAUGAAAGAGCUGCAAAGGCGUGCAAGAAAAGUCUACCUGCAUGUCCUGUCUAACCCAGAAAAUGACAAUCAGUUUUUUUGCACUACAGAUAGUUCAGAUGAAUUUGACUUUAGCUCGGAAAGUUCAGACUCCGAUGUUGACGCUAUGUAAAUACUCUUCAAAAAUACUAAAAUACUACUACAAUGUCAUUGCACCUGAUUUGAUUACAUUUUAUCUUAAACCUACCCCAAAUACCGCCAACAAUCUAAGACUACAAAUCACAGCACAAAGACUAAGCAUAGCCUAGUGUUAAACAGUGGUGGAAGUAUACAUAUCCUUUAUUUCAUUAAAAGUACUAAUGCCACACUGUAAAAAUACUCUUUUACAAGUAAAGGGAAACGAAAAUGGUAGGCCAACAAACACGGAGUAAAGGAAUAAAACAAAAUCUGUGCUAAAUGGAAGGUGGACAUAAUUAAUGUUGGCUACUGAUGUACAACCACAUUGCACAUUGUUAUUUUAUAAAUGAAAUAAACAAAAUGUUAGGGCCAAUUUGGGGUCAGUUGGACUACACUAACGUAGUGGAGUAAAAAGUAACAUAUUUUCUCUGAAAUGUCGCGGAGUAGAAGUAGAAAGUGACAUAAAAAGAAAAGACUCAUAAAGUACAAGUUCCUCAACAUCUCGAGUGAAGUACAGUACUGGAGUAAAUUUACUUAGUUACAUUCCACCACUGUUGUAAUGUUUUAAACAUGUAAAUAAUUAUUUUUGAAUGUACAGGCAAAACUCAUUUUUUCCCUGUAUUGUAUAUGAAUGUGUUCCCUUAUGGAAAUGUUUUGCAUGAUGUUUUUUUAAUAAAUUAUGAACGAAACGUAACUUAAGUUUUGACUUUUUUAAUGUUUUAUGCCAUUAUAACUUUGUUAUACUGCUGAAAAGAGAUUGAGGCGCUCUUCCUUC